CUUUUUUAACAAGAAUGAAGACAUUUAGCACCUCGUGGUUCUUCUGAUCGGGGAUCUAAAAAUGAGCCCAUCUGAGUUAUCAGAUGGUCACCAUGUCCUCCUGGCUUCGUCCAUCAACAGAGGAACCCUUUGGACAUACUGAACCUUUAAUUGUGAACGUUCAGAAGGACAGCUAAACCUCUCGACAGAAAAUGGCAUCAGUAUUUUUCAGUUACAAUACAGAGGAGAUUUUAGAGUACAGGUGAGGCUCAGCCAGAGCCCACAUCAGCUAUUGGACUAUCAGCAGAUGACCUUUAGAGAAGACUUAAUGGUAUAGCAUCUGUCCCACCACCUUGCUGACAAGGUCGACUAUGGCUGCAGCGCCUUACAAAAAAGGUUCCUUAGUGGGGCAAGGAAAGGACUGACAGGUCAACAAUGCAGCGUAACGGUGGUGGAGUGGGUGUCGGAGGCCAGACGUGGGUGCUGCGCCGGGUGCGUCUCACGUGGCUCAGUUUCAUGCUCUUCUUCAUCCUGGUCUUCUUCCCACUCAUUGCUCAUUACUACCUCACCACCAUCGAUGAAGCAGGAGGACCCGACAAGCGCAUCUUCGGGCCGCGCCCCGGUGGCGAGCUAUGCGAAGCCAAACACGUGCAGGACCUAUGCCGCAUCCGGGAGUCGGUCAGCGAGGAGCUGCUGCAGCUGGAGGCCAAAAGACAGGAGCUUAACGGGGAGAUCGCCAGGCUCAACCUACGCAUCGAGGCCUGCAAGCGCAGCAUUGACAGUGCCAAGCAGGAUCUGCUGCAGCUGAAAAAUGUUAUUAGCCAGACUGAACAUUCCUAUAAAGAACUAAUGGCCCAGAACCAGCCCAAGCUGUCUUUGCCUGUUCGACUGCUACCAGACAAAGAGGACCCAGGAUUACCGCCACCAAAGUCUGCGCGUUCCUGUCGUCUGAGGUCAUGCUUCGACUAUGCACGCUGUCCUCUCACAUCUGGAUUCCCUGUCUAUGUCUACGACACAACUACUUAUCCAUGGGGCAUUUAUCUCGACCCCCUGGUAAAGCAGGCUUUUGCAGCAUCUGUCAAAAGCAAUAUUUAUGUAACUGAUAACCCAAGUAUCGCCUGUUUAUAUGUGGUACUGAUAGGAGAAAUUAUAGAAUCUUCUCCUUUGCCAUCUCCUCUAGAGCUGGAGAAGCAGCUGAAAGCUCUUCCCUACUGGAGGUCUGAUGGACACAAUCACCUCCUGGUGCAUUUCUCCAGGAAGUCCAUGACACAGAACUUCCUGUAUAAUGUCAGCACAGGAAGAGCAGCAGUCGCCCAGUCAAGCUUUCUAGAGCAGCAGUACCGUGAGGGCUUCGACCUGGUUGUCUCCCCACUGGUUCAUGCUCUGUCAGAACCUAACUUUUUGGAAGUUCCACCACAGGUUCCUAUAAAGAGAAAGUACCUUUUCACCUUCCAGGGUGAAAGGGUAGAGUCUUUAAGGAGCAGCCUGCAGGAGGCCCCCCCACAGUCAUUUGAGGAGGAGCUGGAGGGAGAUCCUCCAGCCGACUUUGAUGAUCGUAUAAUUGGCACUUUAAAGGCGGUGCAGGAUAGCCGCCUUGACCAGGUGCUGGUGGAAUUUACCUGCAAGAACCCAAAGCCAAGUUUGCCGACAGAAUGGGCUCUUUGUGGGGAAAGGGAGGACAGACUGGAGGUGCUCAAGGCUUCUACUUUCGCCCUGGUGAUUGCUCCAGGGGACGGACAGCUGGUCGCCUCAGCAGGCUGCGGCAUGAGGCUGUUUGAAGCACUGGAAGUAGGAGCCAUCCCUGUUGUGUUGGGGGAUCACUCUAAACUACCUUACCACCAAUUUAUCCGCUGGACUGAAGCUGCCAUUAUAGUACCUAAGCCACGUGUCACAGAGCUCCAUUUCCUUUUGCGCAGCUUAUCGGACAAUGACAUGCUCGCCAUGAGGCGCCAAGGUCGCUUUCUGUGGGAGACCUACUUCUCAACCUCAGAGAACGUUCUCAACACCAUCCUUGCAAGUGUUAGAACCCGCAUUCAGGUUCCCGCUGCUCCGAUCAAAGACGAGGUCGCACAGGAGAUUCCCCACAAAGCUGGGAAGCUGGCAGGAACAGAUGCCAACCUGGCCGAUAAUGGGGAUCUGGAUCUGGGCCCUGUGGAAACGGAGCCUCCCUAUGCCUCUCCUCGCUUCCUUCGCAACUUCACAUACACGGCUGCAGACACGUACAGAGCUUGGAACAGGGCCCCGGGGCCCUUCCAUUUGUUUCCUCACACCCCUCUGGACCCUGUGUUGCCCUCUGAAGCCAAAUUCCUUGGCUCUGGAACUGGUUUCAGGCCUAUUGGUGGGGGCUCUGGGGGCUCUGGGAAAGAAUUCCAAGCUGCUCUGGGAGGGAAUGUCCCUCGAGAGCAGUUCACAGUGGUCAUGCUGACGUAUGAGAGGGAGGAGGUGCUGAUGAACUCUCUGGAGCGGCUGAACGGGCUGCCAUAUCUUAACAAGGUAGUGGUGGUGUGGAAUUCCCCAAAGCCUCCCUCAGAUGACCUUCUGUGGCCAGACAUUGGCCUGCCUAUUGUGGUUGUCCGCACAGAGAAGAACAGCCUCAACAAUCGCUUUCUUCCCUGGGACGUCGUGGAAACUGAGGCCAUCCUCUCCAUUGACGAUGAUGCUCAUCUUCGGCACGAUGAAAUCAUGUUUGGCUUCAGAGUGUGGCGUGAGGCCAGAGAUCGCAUUGUCGGUUUCCCUGGGAGGUACCAUGCGUGGGACGUCAACCAUCAGUCCUGGCUCUACAACUCCAACUACUCCUGUGAGCUCUCCAUGGUACUGACAGGAGCUGCUUUCUUCCAUAAGUACUACGCCUACCUGUACUCUUACGGGAUGCCCCAGGCCAUCAGGGACAUGGUGGACGAAUACAUAAACUGCGAGGACAUUGCCAUGAACUUUCUGGUGUCUCACAUAACCCGCAAACCACCCAUCAAGGUAACCUCCCGGUGGACUUUCCGCUGCCCUGGCUGUCCUCAGGCCCUCUCACAUGACGACUCGCACUUCCACGAGCGCCACAAAUGCAUCAACUUCUUUGUCAAGGUGUACGGUUAUAUGCCGCUGCUAUAUACGCAGUUCAGAGUGGAUUCUGUGCUGUUUAAGACUCGUUUGCCCCAUGAUAAGACAAAGUGCUUCAAAUUCAUCUAGUGUGGGGUCGAUCGUCUUACAGAGAGCCUGAAACAGUGGAUGAAAUGACUGAAACUUCCACCAGAAGUAGUGAGGAAGACUGACGGUCGGACUGCAGGAUUAACAAGCAGGAGGGAUCAGAUGUUGAGUUGGAUCGAACGUUUAACAGCUGCGGAUUCAGAGAGCGGAAGAUAAAAGAAACUACUGCCGAGAAAUGAAGCUUUUUCAUUGGACAAUUUUCUUUUUUUUUUUACAUGCCUUUCCAAUCAUGUUCCAUCAUCAACCACUAGUUACAGAAACUGUUUGCACCUCUUAACUGCCUGCUAAAAAAAAAGGAGGCAGUCUUAAAGUGUACAGAAACACAUAAUGGAUUAAGCUGGGAGCGUUUUAGUUAAAAAAGAAAAAAAAAACCUUCUUUAAACUCGAGCACUGAUGGUCAGACGUAUUUUAUCAGACUUUCUUUUUUUUUUAAAGGAUGUCAUUUAAAUGUGUAAAUAUACGUCUUGUGGACAUUUUUCCAAACCUCCCCGCCUUUGGGGAAAUCAAAAGUACAACCGCUGAGUCCAGUCCUGUCUAGACAGCAGUACGUCCUCCAGAGGGAAUUUAGCAGUCACCGCAAUGCCUGAGAACUGUCAGUAAAACCAGCCAACACAUUUUCUGGUUCAAGUCAUCUUUAAAAGGAGUAAUAUUAACCAAACACCUGCAGAUUAUAAAUAUACCUAAAGAAGCACUGCAGCCUAAAUCAAGCUUGAAUGCAGUUUGAGGAGUUAAUAAACACCGGUCAUAAAACUCUCAAUAAUGACAAAAAAUAUAAAAAAAUGUUUUUUUAAGCACAAGUUUUAGAUUAUUUUUAAAUUCCUGAUCAUCCAUACCUCAUACAUACAUGCUGAAAAUAUACUUUACCCUCAGUAAUUUAUUUUUAAAGCUAUGAACGCCUUUUAUUAGGCUUUUCAAGCCCUCAUUUUGCUGCCAUCAGAACAAUUCUGACUAUGUCUGAACCCUGACCACCAUAGAAUUGGUUGAGAAAAUUAGUCGGCUUCCUUUGUAAAACAUUUUAAAGUCCAAAAAUGUUAAUAGAUCUGAGAUCUGUUUUAUUCAUUCACAUACCAGUUCUAUGUUUUUUAUUGGACCGUACAGCUUUGUCCACGUAAUAUCUAUAUAGAUGAUUGUUUGAGUUAAAUUACGCAAAUUUGCUGACAGUCAAUAAUUAUUUGGGUCACUUUUUAAAGUACAACAGAACAACCUGAAGGGAUAUAGGUUCCAGUUAUCGUGCCACAAUAAAUGUUCCUGUCUGUAUCCUAAUAAGUUUCCUAUCAUUGUUUAUGUCUUGAGGAUGAAACCUUAGAGAAUUUGACUCAUUCAUGUCAGCAGAUUUAUUUUUAACAUUGACUGAUUUCAGUCUGUGUUGAUGUUAAACUCAGUCAGUUGUUGACACUGAGGCUGAUAUUCCAGCAACUUCUAAUGUAUGAAUGAGGUUUAGGAGUUCUUGGGUUGCUUUGUGUUGAACCUGUACAAAGUGGAGUGUCUCAGUAAUUCAUUCAUCCUAUACUUCAUCAAAACUGGCUUUCGAAGGCUUAGAUUCUUUUUCACCUUUCAUCCUAUGUUGGGUCCCUAAGCAAACGAGAAUUGAAUUUUUUUUCCCGGUCUGCACUAUCAUUAGGAUUAUGAAGUGUCCUUUGUCCUUCCUUCUACACUAUCUUCUUACAUCUGGUCACCCUCACUCUGUUGUGUAGUCCGUUUUUUCCUUAUGUCCUUAUUUCAGUCCCUUUUAUCUUUUCUUCCUUCUAUUCCUCCUACCUUGCAGGUACCCUCCUCCAUUUCCCUUAUAUACUCCUCUUUUUGUCAUUUAAUCUGCCCUAUUUUCAUCCUUGUGUCCUUCCUUCUCUUCUUUCACCUUUAAUUUUUAUUUCCUGCUUCCUUUCCUCUUGCCCUUCCUUUCCUACCUUCAUUAUAUCCAAACCUAUCUUUCAAUUAUUUUCUAUUUAUGCAUUAUACCCCCCAUGCACGUAUCAGUCAUAAAUUCACAGUUAAUGUUUGUAUUUUAUAUUUAAAAAUCGCUCAAGACAAAGUGAGGAAUAGGAAGCCUAAAAAUAGUUUGAAACUUUUACAUGAAAACUUUGAAGGAGCCCAUUAGAAGUGUGAACAUUGCCUAAAGCUGUUUCAGUGGCAGGAAAUAAACCAAUUAAAAUUAGUUCUGAUAAUUCUGCCAGCAGGAGAGGUCAAACUCUCAGCCAGGAUCUUGUCAGGAACUUGUUGAUAACUCAAAAGGGACAAUUAAUUUUUACCGACGUUGAGAAAAACGGCUGUUUUGCUGCAAAAUUAACCAAAUAUUACUGGAGGUGUAUAUAUUUGAGCUAAUCCUUUGCACUCAUCUAUUUUAUUUUUUUUAUUGCUGAUGUAUGUGUCAUUACCCCCUCCCCCACACCACACACAAACACACAAAAGAACUGCUCAAAUGCCUCAUUAAAUGCCUAAAACUAAUGACUUUUAUGUCCGUGAGGAAUUUCUGUAAACCUCUGACUAGAAUGUGCUCUUAGGACAUUAAAUCUGAAACUACAAGCUACAGUUUUUUCUUCCUCUGUCAGAAUGUGACAAAUAUACCUCCUACUAGCACAGUUAGAUCUCUCUAAUUAAUUUAGUUUUGUUUUAUGGGGGAGCAAUGGUAAUGAUCCGAGUGAAGAAAUGGUCCAAAACAUCAACUCGUUGGCUAAUUUGGCUCCUGUGCUCCCAUUUCACUGCUGCAGUUUGUGUCCGUACCGUGCUGAAAACGAGAGCUUUGCUCCCAGAACGGGGAAAGCAAAUUAAUUUCCAUUUGAAUGUCAAAUCUCAUCAACGUUCUGCCUUUUCCAGCACAGAUAUGGGGCCACAUCCUCAUGUAGACAAAGUUUUUAAAGUGUCACAUUGAUUCCUUUACUUUUUGCUUGAAUGUUGUUUUUUUUGCCAAAUGGGUACGAUGUCUGCAGCUUUACAGCAUAAGUUUGCGAGGUGCUCAAUAAAGGGAUGCAGAAUGGUACGACUACUGGAGCCGAACCAUCAUGUAUUAUAAAUCCAAAAUCCUGCUAAUUUCUGUAAUCUGAACAUAAAACAUAAAGUCAAAGUGAUGGUCUUUCCCGGCAUUUGUAUUCUGUGAGGAUGCUUUUAUGGAACUUUAACAAAAUGGUGUAUAUUUAUUAAUGUUUUUAAACUUGAUAAGACAUGCAAUAAAACCAUAAUGUUGUGGUUGCUUGUUCCUAAUCACGUAUAUUACCUAAUUGACACGUCACGUUGAUUUGUUGCCAAUGACUUUGUGGUGCCUCCAACAUGAGCAGAGGAGAGGAAAUCUUAAAGGCCAAAUGUUGCACCUGCUCCAGAGUACAGCUCCUAUUAAAGUAAAACAGGCUCAGUCUAUAUUUCUGGGAUGCAGAUUUUUUUUAUUUUUGUCUUUUGGGACGUGACCAAAACCAAACUAUAUAUCCCCUCCUGAUGGAAAUACAAUAACCUUCUAGGCGUUUUGUAAUUACCUUCCGACUCUGAUCGAGUCCUUAGGGCUCAGUUCAAGCCAGCCGUUCUUCCUCUGUGCUUUUUUUUUUUUUUUCUCCCCCUCAAGCUACAGUAGCACAACUAGUUUUCUGUGGCUUGAAGUAGAAUAAAUCUAAGUCUGCAGUCCCCCUGCAAGGUGUAAAUAUUGAUGUGUGCUACUUGGUCUGUCUCCCCCCCUUUGGGUGAGGCUCCAGCCACCUGCUGUCAGACUGACUGUGUCAGACAUACCAUUCAAAGACCAGAAGAAUGGAAAUAAAACCUUGUUUAACAAAAA